GAUUUAUUUUCCGCGGUGUCGCGCGCAGGUUUGAAGUUUGAAUGCCAAGAAGUCCAGUAGUGUAGUAAUUAGGAGGUGAGUACGCGUCGCAUCGGUAGGGGCGGCGCGACGGUCGAUAGCUGGAGCGACAGGCGGUGGCGGUCCGGGUCAUGCCUGCUGCGAUCGAUAGCAGCGCGGCGGGAACACUCGCUGCGAGCCAGCAUUACGCGUUCUGCCACUAGACGAGUACGGCAGCCUGGCGAGCAGUGAGCCAGUCCAGGCCAGUCCGCCGCGCGACACCGGCGACCGGUGAGCGGCAAGCGGUGAGCGACGAGCGGUGAGCGACGAGCGGUAGCGACUGCGGCGAGCGUCGUCUAGCACGCGCCAACUCGCUCCCAUGCGCUGCCCGCACGCGUCAUGAGCGGCGCCAGGCCCCGCAGCGCGCCGCUUCUGCUGGCGUUGGCAGCCGCCUUCCUACCGCAGGCAAACCAUGUUGCGGGUGCGGGUGGAGGCGGCAUGUUUGGUGACGUAAAUAUAUCAGCCAUUUUGGAUUCAUUUAGUAUUAGUUACGACAAAAGAGUAAGACCGAACUAUGGGGGACCACCCGUGGAAGUGGGGGUUACCAUGUACGUGCUCUCCAUCAGCUCUCUGUCUGAAGUGAAAAUGGACUUCACGCUGGAUUUUUACUUUAGACAAUUUUGGACGGACCCAAGGUUAGCGUACAAAAAAAGGACAGGUGUGGAGACGCUUUCCGUUGGGUCAGAAUUUAUAAAAAAUAUAUGGGUACCUGACACAUUCUUCGUAAAUGAAAAACAAUCUUAUUUCCACAUAGCGACGACAAGUAAUGAAUUUAUCCGUAUUCACUACUCCGGCUCAAUUACUAGAAGUAUCAGAUUGACCAUAACAGCAUCAUGUCCAAUGAAUCUUCAGUACUUUCCGAUGGAUAGACAACUAUGUCACAUAGAAAUUGAAAGUUUCGGCUACACCAUGCGGGACAUCCGAUACAAAUGGAACGAGGGGCCCAACUCUGUGGGUGUUUCCAGCGAGGUGUCACUGCCACAGUUCAAAGUGCUGGGUCAUCGCCAGCGAGCCAUGGAGAUCUCCCUUACAACAGGAAACUAUUCAAGAUUGGCGUGUGAGAUACAAUUUGUCCGUUCUAUGGGAUAUUAUUUAAUUCAGAUAUACAUACCCUCGGGACUGAUCGUUAUCAUAUCAUGGGUAUCAUUUUGGCUAAAUCGAAAUGCUACUCCAGCCCGCGUUGCUUUGGGAGUAACCACUGUAUUGACGAUGACGACGCUCAUGUCCUCCACUAACGCCGCUCUGCCCAAGAUCUCGUAUGUCAAGUCUAUUGACGUUUACCUCGGCACCUGCUUCGUGAUGGUCUUCGCCAGUUUACUAGAAUACGCCACCGUCGGCUACAUGGCCAAAAGAAUACAAAUGCGGAAACAGAGAUUCGUCGCCAUACAGAAGAUAGCGUCCGAGAAGAAGAUGCCAGUUGAUUGCCCGCCAGUGGGAGAUCCUCACACCCUUUCCAAAAUGAGCACUCUGAGCAGAUGUCCCCCAGGCAGACCAUCGGAGGUCCGUUUCAAGGUCCACGAUCCAAAAGCACAUUCAAAGGGCGGUACAUUAGAAAACACAAUCAAUGGGGGAAGGGGUGGUGCAGAUGAAGAGAAUCCAGGGCCGCCACCUCACUUAUUGCAUCCCGGAAAGGACAUAAGCAAGUUACUGGGUAUGACGCCUUCCGACAUCGAUAAAUAUUCUCGUAUAGUGUUCCCAGUGUGCUUCGUAUGUUUUAACCUGAUGUAUUGGAUCAUUUACCUGCACGUAUCAGACGUCGUGGCUGACGAUCUGGUUCUACUGGAAGAGGAUAAAUAGAGGGCGCUAUGGACAUGCCACGUGCUUAGCCACGUAAAUAUAAAUGUUGAUUUGAAAUCGUUUGAAAGCAUUGUUUCAAUUAGAAGAAUGUCGGCCUAAACAAAAAUGACUGGAAAUAUGUUUUAAGCAUUUAAUAUAUUAAAAAAGGCAACAUUUUAAAAUAUUAUUUGUAAUUCCGAUGGAGUAAAUGUUUUGUCGAAAAUAAAAUCAAGAGGUACUUAUGUUAUCGGUUAAUUAUGUGAAUAAGAUUUAUUUAUCCUAACCUAACAGUUUCAAAUUGAUAUUUCGUGGCAAAGUACGUGGUAUGGAUGUUUUAUAAUUAAAUCUGAUGCUCAACUUUCUCUGCUUGAUUUAUUAAUUAGUUUUAGUAGAAUUUUGUAAUUGAAUGUAAUAAACUUAGUAAUUUAUUUAUUCUUUGCUAACAUUGUUAUGACAGAAUCAUUAGGUAUUUUAUUUAAGGCAGUAGUCGCAAAACGUACCAACAACUUUAAACUAUUUUAGUAAAAAUAUCGUAGCUUUACGUUUUAAUCUGUAACAAUAUUAUUUAAUAUUAUUAACUUCGCUUUCCAUCAACAAAUACAAGUUGAUUUUGUGACGUUUUCAUUGCAUACAGUACACAUGUGGAUUACUGAAUGGUUAGAAUGUCCAUAAAUUUUAACGAUAAAGUCAGAGAUCAACUGUGUUUGUCAAUGCUAAUUAGGAACAUUAUAUUAACUACGUAUGAAUAAUCCGAUAGACAUAUUAUGCACAAUAUAAAAAUUCAAUUUCCACCAUUAUAGUGGCAACGAAUAGAUCAAUUUUCACUAGAUGCAUGCAUGCGCGAAGUUACAUUACAAUUUAAAUACCUCCGGCAUGUAUGUACCUACUUUGGUCGUAUUAGAUAUAGGUUUUAUAUAAUCUGAUGACACAUUUUAUUAUUUUGUUUAUUAUCUUAUAAAAAUCACCUUUCGAAUGAAAUCAAACAUCUGAAGGGUACUUUAAAUAUUAACAUUAUGUAAAUAGAUUAGCUUUACAAAGUUCAGUACUUAUACGCAUUGCUUAGGAUUUAUAUUAAACAGAAACAUAAAGUGUGUAUUAAUAUUUGUCCUGUAUCGUAAUUGAACACGAUAGCUAAUAUUAUCAAGACGACGAAUUCUACGAAGCCAAUGUAAUAUACCAACAAAUAUAAAUGUACACUUUAUUUUAUAGUUCCUGGGAACAUUCACCAUGACGUGUCUUUCCAGAAGUUAAAAUAACCUGAGAUGUAAAGUGCUGUGAAUGUCGUGAUGAUGACACUUCUAUGAAAAGUUCUUAUGAUUAAGACAAAGUGGCCUCAUACAGAUUUAAAAUUAUACAGUGAGAAAAUAUAUUUUCUGAUAGCUGCUACGAUGGGUCAGCAGUACUGUCGACGGUUGUCCCGCGUAUUAAUAUGUAGAUAUCAUGGUCUCUAACAUCAACUACUUCAAUGUCGUCAUAAAUCUUCACGAAUUCUUCGUACUUACGACAUCGUCUUCUACCGCUGGCAACACGCGAUCAAGCGUGCUCGACUUAGCUUAACAUACAGUUAUGCCCAUUCAAUAACUUUUGCAAAUUAAGUUUCGUGCGCUUUCUUAAAUUCAGAAAAUGUUGAACUGCAAGGAGUAUUCUGGUAUUUACUAGACAUAAAAUUGAAACGAUAGUAAUAGUUCGGAAAUCGAGAUCCGUUACUGAGUAUACUAAAGGUAAAAUGAUUUUUUUCUAGUAAAAUCACUUAUUUUAUCCAUCAUGAAAUCUCGAAAAUAGUUUUCAUCUUUGAAAAUUUGCUAUUUCUUUACUAGCCGCACAGUAGACCAUGCAAUGCUUUCCUAAAUUAGUUUGAUUUAGAUAAACUAGCUUAUUUUGCUCGCUAAUACUAUCUCCAAAGCUCCAGUAGUUGAAAAGCGUUCUGACGAUUGAGCAUUAGAAAAGUGCUGUCAAAUUGGGAAAUGAUGAGGCACGGCAAUUUGGCUGGUGUGCAAAAUGUAAUCGAUAACACGAUUUCCCGUUUCACAGCCCACAAAGGUAACCCUCAGUUAUCUGACAAGCAGGGCUCCUCUCAUCAGCUACGACUACCUGUAUGCAUUUUCAACAAUUCACAUAACACCAAUAAAUGCUACUGAUAUUUCCAUUUCUAUACUCUUGAAAUCUUUUUAAUAAAUACCUCAAUUGAUAUAAGUAUACAUAGUAUGUACCGUGGAGAUAUAUUUUAUUUUAUUUAUAUUUAUUAAAAUGUAUACAUUAUAUUAUUGUAGUAUAAUUAUUUAUAAAAUGUAGGUACAUAAAUGUUUACACAUAUGCACAAACAGAAGCAAUAUCUAUAGACAAUGGAUAAUAAAAAGCCUUAUCAAAUCACACCAUUUAAAAAAUAUGGAAUUGAAAUAGACAUAGCAUUAGUUAUCACUUAUAAAAUAAUAUAAUAAUAUGAUGAAAUCUAUAAUUUUUUAUAAACAGAGGAAUGUGCUCGAAUUAGAUCUGUUAAUUAAAUGAUUCGUAGGAAAUGCAUAAUAGCAAAUAAUAUAGAACGGAAAUAUGGUAUACCUAAAUGAAAGAGAUUAAUUAUACCUAAGUAAUACAUCUUAGUUUUUAAUCUAUUUUGAACAUGAUAGUCACAUUAUUCUAUUGCACAGGUAUCAACAAAAUUACUUGUUGCAUCUUAUUUUGUCAUUUACAUCAAGGUUUUAGAUGUAAUAUUAGCAAUGAAACGACUUUGCUUUGCGUGAUUCAGUAUGUGUUUUAUUAUUAUAUUGUUACAAUGACGUCGCGGUAGCUUCGUCUUUCCGAAACGAAAUUCUAAAAUAUUUGUCUAGUGAUUAGCGACUAAGUACGGGACAAAUAGAUCUAAGUACGUGUAUCUUAGUGUAUUAAACUUAUGUCAUGUAUUUGUAUGCACAUAAUUAUUUAAUUAUAAAGAUUACAUUUAUCCUUACCAGAUAAUUUUGUGUGUUAAAUGAAGUAGUCAUUUAGAUAUUUUUAACUAUGAAAAAUUUAUUAUGAUUAGUUAUAUAUGUUUCCUCGCGUAGACAUUGCGACGUUAUCCUGUAAGUUACAAUCCUUUUUAAAAGCAUAGACUAGCUCAUUCGUUUGCCCUAAAAUUACGUUAUGCAUAAUUUGUUAACAAAACAAUAUCGGAGACAGUUAAACCAAAACUGUAAAAUAUUACAAAAUGUUAUGUUCAUAAAAAAUGAACAAAAACAUGUAUUCAUUACGUAUAAAAUUAUAUACAUAGAUUAGACUUUAUAAGAACUCAAUGUAUAGGUACCUACCGUGUAAAAACCAUUUUGUAUACUUUGUUUUUAAAAUUAAAUAAUACGAAAUACUUAGAAGCUCGCAAAUAGUUACACGUCUAGAGGGCUUUCGAUAUUUUGACGGCAUACUAGUAUAUUCAGGGGCAGCCCAAGGGGAGUGGAGACGAACAACCGCCUGGCGUCUCGCGCGGUACCUUGGAAAACCUUGGUUUACGAUUUUACCGACGAAAGUGCUAAAACUAGGGAACAUUUUUGCUCCGUCCGGGGUCUCGCUCGUUUAAGGCCGCCACUGAAUAUAAUAUUAUUGUCUUGUCUACCGUGAUUUUAGAGGUGAUUAUGAUAUAUUUAUAUAUUAUUUUACUACUAGGUAAGGUGGUAGAUACCACUAUCAUCGAUGUACCUAUGUACUAUUAUUGCUUGUAUUAUAUAUAGUCGUCUAGAUGAACUCAGUCAAAUUAAAAAUAAAAUGUAAUUUAACAUAAAUUUGUAUUAUGUAAGAAUCCUAACGAAAUAGCAUUUAUUAUGUACCAAGCUUUAAUUUAUAUAUGAAAGUUUUAUGAUAUUUUACAUUAAUUUAAGAAGAUCGACAAUAUUCAGCCUUAUCCAUAUUGAAGCGUCCCUAAAUAAAAGUGACCCGACAAAUUGGAAACCUUUGAACUACACUUUAAAGAACAUAAUAAUAUUUUAGUCGACAUGAACUGAUAAAUAAUUCAUUAAAAUUAUUUUGAUUGGCUAACAUCUUCAAAUUUUAUAAUAUAUUAUGAGUAGCUUUUAUGAAAACUUCAAGCGAACUAAAGGUUUCUAUCGAACGUUUGAGUCGGGCGGGUCAUGAUCCUACAUUUUUGGAUCAAUGCCAAUUUAAAAUAGGUCUUACAUGCAAAUAUCGUUGUCGUCACAAUGAACGUAACAUUGUAAGGAAACAUAAUAUAUUUACUGUUCAAUAAACCUUGAUGCGGUUGGCUGAAUCACUGAACAACAAAUUUCAUGCUGUUUAGAUUCUAAUUAACUAUAUAUAAUAAAACACAUUGUAUAUCUUUAAAUAUGUGAGAAUAAUAUAAGUUGCCCUAAAGGUCUUUGCACAAUACCUACGAUGCUCCCGCGUUGAACUUGGUGUCUCGGCCCUUCGAGGUGUUAAACAAUUUUCAAUAAUCUUGCAAAACGAUCAUAAGUUGUAAUUUAGAUGUCGGUUAAAGAUAAAUUUUGAAAAGUAAAAUCAGCAUAUUAGAAACAUAAAAAUCUGUGAAUUAAUUUACGUGAAAAAAGUAGGACAUCAGUAAAAUUAUAACUCAGGACGUUUAAUUGAGAUUACAGUUGUCACGUGUUCAGCGAUUUCUCGACAGAUAGGCACAAUUGUUGGAUACGCAUGGAAAUAUUUACAUGCAACAUAUACCUAUAUAUAUUAUAUUGUUAUAUGUAUUGCGUUUCAGUUGCAUAUAAAACUGUAAGUAAUGAUAAAAAGUGCUUGAUAAAACUUACCGGAGUCUUUCGUUUUAAUUACAAUUUAGGCUUCAAUACGUGAUAAAUGUGGGCUAUAUUUUACAAGCUAAGUAUUAUUGUAUAAUUUUGGCAAGAAUUUAUUGCCGAUUUUUCCAUAGUAGGUAUAUAAAUCGAAUAGAUUACUAUGUUAUUUGACAUGAUACAUUCCUCUAAUUUGGCUUAUAGUAUAGGUAUAUUUUGGAUAAAUAAAAGUGUGUACGUUUAACAGCGCCUGGCACAUACAAAAAUUGUGAAACAUUUUAUAUUGGAAUCUAGAUAGUUUCAAAAAGCCUAAUUAUUCCAGAAUGUGUUUUUUUAUAUAAUUAUAAAUUAUUUGGGCAUUAAGAUGUGACUUUUAUCACAAAAUGUUAUCAACACUAGAAAAAGGUCUAUGAACUGAAGGUAAAAUUUUAAAUGUGACAAAAUAUGCAGUAAGUCUAAAAUGUGCAACUAAAGUUGUAAGUGGCCAAUGGUCCGUAUAACCCGAUUUCUGCCGGCUUUCCGUUCGUAAUUUAUAUAAAAUCUUACUAUCUUUGAACGAUUUGCAGAAGCACUUAUGCAUAUUAGUGGUACCUAUGAUGUGACGGGUUCGCCUUCAGAAAAUUUCACCCCUCGUCACUGGUAUCAAGUUUCUGAGUUUGAUGUUUUAAAAAUAAUUUUAAUUAUUAUUUUGAUGGAAAAUGUUAAGUUUUAAAAGUCUAUUCAAUAAGUGCCAGUAUUUUCUGCACCGCAUUAUUAUGUCUAGUCCCUAAUUCCUUCGCACACUUAUAAAAUAUUACUUCACCAAGAUCUAUGUGUACAUGGAAGACGAUGGCUUAAAACAUAACGAACAAUACAAGUAAUAUAUGGACACCCUUACCAGUCACCAUGAAUUAAGCCAGCGUUUUCAAAAUAACUCCGUAACUACAUAGUUCUAAAAUUAUUAAUAUUGCUCACUAUAAUAUUAAGCCACGUGGAAAUACUAGUUCGAUGCGCACUUAAUGAUAAAAUUAGAUUUUUAGAAAAAUAUAAAUAAUAAUAAACUAUAGAAAUUGGCAAAAAUAAAUGGCUCAAUAAUGUUGAUUUAAAAACAUUUGGACUGUAAAAUUAUAUCAUGAUAAAUUUGUGUAUUUACAACCGAGCGGUUACCUCAGAUCGUAAUUUUAUACACCAAUUAACCGGUUCGACUUCAUUCAGCGGCUUGAUAACAUUUGGACAUGGUGCUCACGAACUUUUAUUAGUUUACAGAAAUAUAUUGGGCACAGUCCACUUUUAUAUUAAAGUUUAAUGAUAUUUUCCAAUAUAAAUUUACGCUUUCCGUAAUCCGAGGCGAGUUGAAUAAUAAAUAUUUUCGUCUAAGUAUUGCUACAAAUCAUAAAAACUAAAUUCAUUAUUUAAAAAAGUCAGAGAAACUAGAGUUUACGAUUCGAAACAAUGUUUUUCAAAUGGACAACAAUAUUGUUGAACUCAUGAACUUCAGUUUUGAUGUUGACACGAUAGGAUUUAUUGGAAAAUACCACUAGGAUUUAUAAUAUCAGCCGCUGUUUUAAAUCCAGCCUCAUAGAAAUAUGUAGAGAGUAUACAAUAGAAUACGCAAUAGGUACGUCAUUUAUAUUGGUAGAAUAAAAUAGAUCAAAUUUAGAAUGUAAUACAACGAUGCUGUGAAAAAAUAUUAACCAAUUGGUAUAAAAUUAUCUAUAUAAUGAGGAAAUACAUUCAUGACCCUGUUAUCCAUAUACAUAUUUUCGAAAGAAAUGUUAGAUGUUUU